AUGGUAUGCGAAGUUCAACCCUGGAAUGGGAGUGCGGUAGUUGCAAGUAGACGCGAUGAAUGCAUAACGCACAUGCGCAGGCCAUACUCUAAACGCAUAUGUAUGGAUGGAUGGAUAAGUCAAGGUGCCUUUCAGCAUCGUGUUCAUGAAGAUCCCAGAAGAGGAACCACUUCGUCUGGAACGACCCGAAAGCAAGACCCCACCACUCAUCACAUCAGCAAGCACUUUUAUUUUUUCCUUGAUGUGCCAGAGCGUACUAGCGCUGCGGGAGAGCAAUUCUAUACGGCAGCAUUGCAAGUAUGGAUGCCAUGGCCGCAAAAGCCCAACCAGUCUCACCAUGUGAGCGCCUGA